GUUCUGCGAGCCGGAACACGUGUAAUCUCUUGCGAAGAGUUUAAGGGUCCAGAGGUUUCGGAGUUUUGUUAUCACCGUGAGUGUUCCUUUUUGAUUGCGUUGCAGUCUUGUUCCCACCUCGUCUUUACUUGGUUUCUUGUUGGUCUGGGCUUCUGCCAGCCCAGACUCACGGUGAGAUUGCCGGUCACAUCUCAGAACGAAAAAGGACCUCCUUUCUCCUGGCCUUUGCUGGAGGAGCUGAGGACCGAAUCCAGAGCCUUGCGCUUGCUAGGCAAGUGCUCUACCUCUGAGAGCCCAGAAGACUAUCUGACGAUGAAGCUGAACCUCGUCAAAGUUGUUAAUGGCUGUCGCCUAGGAAACAUACACAACCUGGGCAAAGCCGGCGACUGCACGGUGGAUAUUCCAGGGUGUCUUCUCUACACCAGGACUGGCUCUGUCCCCCACCUGACACAUCAGACUCUGCGUAAUGUGCACGGGGUCCCAGCCAUAGCCCAGCUCACACUGUCAUCCCUAGCAGAACAUCAUGAAGUCUUGGCAGAAUAUAAGAAAGGAGUUGGAAGCUUUAUAGGCAUGCCAGACUUGCUCUUCUAUUGUUCCCUGCACGAUCCAGUCAGCCCCGGCCCAGCUGGUUAUGUAACAAAUAAGUCUGUGUCUGUGUGGGGUUUUGGAGGUCGAGUGGAAAUGACCGUUUCCAAGUUCAUGGCGAUUCAGGAGGCCCUGCAGCCAGAUUGGUUCCAGUGUCUCUCGGAUGGAGAGGCAUCUUGUGCAGAAGCAACAUCCGUAAAAAGGGCCAGGAAGUCUGUGGACCGCUCGCUUCUGUUCCUGGACAGCUGUCUGCGACUACAGGAAGAGUCUGAGGUCCUUCAGAAAAGUGUGAUCAUUGGAGUGAUUGAAGGUGGAGAUGUGAUGGAAGAGAGGUUGAGGUCGGCACGAGAGACAGCCAAGCGACCCGUUGGGGGCUUCCUGCUGGACGGCUUUCAAGGGAAUCCAGCAGUCACAGAAAGCAGGCUGUGCUUGCUGUCCUCAGUCACUGCAGAGCUACCAGAGGACAAACCAAGGCUCAUCUGUGGUGUCAGCCGGCCAGAUGAAGUGAUCGAAUGCAUUGAAAGAGGAGUGGACCUGUUUGAGAGUUUCUUCCCAUAUCAAGUGACCGAGCGGGGCUGUGCCCUGACUUUCACAUUUGAUUGCCUGCUGAAUCCUGAGGAGAAAUUAUUGCAACAAAAUGGAAUCCAAGAAGAAAUAAAAUGCUUGGAUCAAAUAAAGAAAACUGAAGCAACUGGGUGCAACCAAGAGAUGACUUCACUUGAAAUUAAUCUGAAGGAGAAAAAGUACCAGGAAGACUUUGGCCCACUCGUAAGAGGGUGCUCCUGUUACUGCUGUAAGAACCACACGCGUGCCUAUGUCCACCAUCUGCUGGUGACUAAUGAACUCCUGGCCGGUGUCCUGCUUAUGACGCACAACUUUGAGCACUACUUCAGAUUUUUCUGCUCCAUCCGAGAAGCACUAAAGAAUGACACACUGGCACAGCUGAAAGAACUCAUCCGCAGACAGAUGUCUUGAGAACUGGAAAAUGCAAGCCUGUCGUCUCCAAAAACAGUGAAGUGGCAGAGAUCUGAGCUUUCAGCGGGCAUGGUGGUACCAAAGAGCAUCUGCCCCGCACUGCCCACAGGAGUGUGGAGGAAGGCCUUCUGCACACGUCCUGGACCAGAUUGAUCAGAACUGUGACUUUAGAUUUUUCUAGGUUUAUUCUACUAGUGGGUAGAUUUCUUUAGCUGAAGACAAAUGUGUUGUGUGUGAGAGAGCCUUGGAAGGAUCUGAAGUUCUAGAAAGCACUGAGAUGGGUGAGGCACGAGUGGAGAGGACUCUCAUAGCUGGAGCACAGCUGUUCCCUGGAGAAGUCUAGCGAGUCCACAGGUUUUUGUUUCUCCUCAGGCUCCCAGGGGCUCUGGGGCAUACUUUUGUCUUCAGGGCCACCACAGCAGGACAGUCACUCAGGGCUCUCCUGCCUUGACCAUGCUCAUGUCUCCAAGGAAUCUGGGGCUCAAAUCGUGCUUUUGUGAUCCGUUGGCUUCAUCUGGCUACAAGUCUCUUUGUGACCUGUCUUCUGAAAGCCACCAUACUUGCCUGUUAGGAACCAAAUGUUGCCUGGCUGCUUUAUCUGAUUGUGCAGAUCCAGCAUAGCCUGCGUCAGACUCAUAAACCGUCUGUGAUGACUAGCUCUGUCACCGGGGGAGAUUCCUUUGCUGUGUGUUUAUGUGGCCAGAAUCCUGGCCUGACAGCAGAUCAAUUUCCAGUCUACUCAGCUGUAAGCUCAGGCAAAUCCUCACUUUUUCUGUGCCUGUUCCCUCCUGAGUAACCGGGGACAGGCGCAGCAGGAGGAGGGAAAACGUUGAGACUCCCCGU